AUGGCGUUUUUUGACGCUGCGCUUUUGGCAAUGGGAAAUAUUCUCUUUGUUAUCGGACUCAUUUUAAUUAUUGGACCGCAACGUACCAUAGCAUUUUUCUCGCGUCCUACCAAGAUCAGAGGAACUGUAUGCUUCUGUGUUGGCAUAUUGUUAAUUUUGAUGAAAUGGUCAUUUAUAGGAUUCAUUGUGGAAUCAGUGGGGAUAUUGGGACUUUUUGGUGAUUUUUUCGGUACCAUAAUCCAAUUUUUAAGGUCAGUACCAUAUAUUGGUGACUUCUUGAGCCAUCCGGCUAUAGCUCCAACCAUUGAUAGACUUGCGGGUAUCAAUACGUUGCCAGUAUAG